AUGGCCUCACAGGUGAAGCCAGCUUUGAAUGAGAGGGAGAUGAAGCAACUAUUCCUCAAGACAUUACCCCCUGAAUACUUCCAAGGAUUAGUAUUUUCGGGAUGCCAAACCUUUUCACAGCUAGUAGAUGUGGGUGAAGGAGUGGAGUGGGCACUCAUCGAAGGGAAGAUAUCCACCGGAGGCACGAAGAAGUUCCAGGCGAGAAAAGAUAAGGAAGCUGCAGUUGAGGUAGCGCUCGUGCAAGAGUCAUUUUACCCUAAGUCGCCCACAGCACCGGCACACAAGCCUAUGGCUGUUCAAGGGAGCUCGUCACGAUCAUAUGACAAGGGCAAGAGACCCUUUCGAAAGGAAUUUUCCCCACUGCCACGACCGUUGUCAAAGCUGUUGCCCAUGCUUCUUGAAAAGAGAAUGGUUGCAAAGGAAGUACCUAGAGACAACCCCACGAGGUUCGCCGGGUUUGAUGUAACCAAGACUUGCGAGUACCACAUGGGAGAAAGGGGGCAUGAUGUAGAUAAUUGCAAUGUGCUAAGGUACAAAGUCCAACAGUUACUAGACAAAAACAUUUUGACGUUCAAGGAAGCUCGGCUAAUGUGCAAAUGUAAGCCCCUACCGGACCAUGCGGAGGAGUGGACUCAAUCUUUGGGAGACACAGGAUACUAUGGAGGUCAUCAGGAUGUCACCCCGGAAGAGAAACUGAACUGCGUCCGCAGGAUGGUAGCCAUGGGGGUAAUUCGAUGCGGAGAAGAGGAAGAGAAUGUCGUAUCCAUGAUAAUCCCGUCAUCAUUCCACUCAUCUUUUUGCAACAUUGCUCGUAUAUCUCGAGCAAAGAAGAUUAUGCCUGGAAUUUUGAAGACCCCGGCUUUGUACGAGGAAGGGAUGAUAGCUAUGAUAACUCCGAUCGUGAUUGAACUAUCGGAUGAGGAGACUGCCGGCGAUAUCGAGAUGGAAAUCGUUGAACCCACAGUGAUUGACCUUAUAGUCGAGGAAAUGUCAGCAAUUGAAGUCACGAGAGGGAAUGUAAUGCCAGUCACAAUUGAAUUGCCACCACGGGAGGAAGAUGGAGUAAUAGUGUUGGAGAGUCCUCCUAAAUUCGAUCCUAAAGCUGUACCUUGGGAUUAUCAAACAAAUGAGGUAGACGCUAUCACACGAUCGGGCCGCUGUUAUGCACCCGAUAAAGGAAUAGAAAAGAAGGUCGUGACUGAGGAGGAAGCGAAGCAAUUCUUGGCCAUAGUAAAAUCUAGCGAGUUCAAUGUGGUAGAUCAACUGCGGAAGUUGCUAGCCCAAAUCUCCCUCCUAGAGUUGUUGAAAUCCUUCGAGAAGCACAGGGACAUCUUCUUGAAGGUCCUCAAUGAGAUUUCCUUUACGAAUGAGGAUCUCCCUCCCGAUGGUCCUAAUCAUACCAAAGCACUACACAUCUCGGUGAAGCAUGAGAGCACUCUUGUUUGUAGAGUGUUGAUCGAUAAUGGUUCGGCACUUAAUAUAUGCCCGUUGGCUACCCUCCAUCGUCAGGGCAUUGAUCUUGGGAGAAUCCAUCGGCAAGUCAACUGGUGGGCCUUUGACGGGAUGAAGAAGGAAGUGAUAGGGGAAAUUGAGCUUGAGCUGUUGAUUGGCCCCGUACUCUUCCAAAUUGUGUUCCAAGUGUUAGAUAUACCAAGCGCUUUUAAUUUUUUGUUAGGGAGGCCAUGGAUCCACACAGCAGGCGCUGUUGCCUCUAGCCUCCAUCAGAAGGUACGAUUUGUGGUGGAUAACAGGCUUAUCACGGUCCAUGGAGAAUCUGACUUCAAGAUCUACCACGAGACGACCAUCCCAUAUUUGGAGCCUGAGUGUACCGAGGAAUCCAGCUUUCAAACCUUUGAGCUGGUAUCCAUGGUCCACGUGCCUGCAGGGUCUUUCACAAAGGUUCUUGAAUUGUCUAAGCCGGCCAUAGCUGCGGGAAAGAUUAUGCUAGCAAGCGGGUAUAAUCCUGGAGAGGGCCUCGGAUCACACGGUCAAGGUGUGCGAAAACCCAUCGAAGCUCGUAAAAACUUCAAAAGAAGAGGCUUGGGAUAUGUCGAGAAGUGGGAGGCCAUAACAACCAAGGAGGUCGUGGAAGGAAUGGAGGCCGAGGUGCCCGAGGAGGCCGAGACGGGUAUAGAGACCAGAGUGAACGUGUUGCCCAUACUGAAGAGGACGAGCGCUAUCAAAGCCCGUUUUCCCCGUUGCUGGAGGAGACGUUUCCAGGACCCCCAAGGAUGUUGUUCAAGGAAGAGGAGGAUAUCUAUGGUGUGA